UGUAGACCCGCCCCAGCCAGGGGUAGCCCCGGCAACAUGCUAAUUUAUAGCAUUGUAUUGUUUUUUGCGUCAGCCCCAUGUAUUAUACAUAAUUAAUACUCCUAAGGGGAGAAAUUGAGGCUGUCACUGAAGAAAAUUUUUUUUUUCUGGUGUCUUCAGUGGCAGUUGAGUUUUUAUCACAGAAAGAGGAUUGGUCUGUUGCGAAACUGAAAACCGCCAAACGGCAUCAUGAUAUUCCUACUUUCCUUAAUAUUCGGAAGAUACCUUGACUGUUUAAAUAUUACCCAUACGUCCCCAAAUUUGGCAACCAAUGAGAAGACAGAUAAUAAUAUGCACUUCUUUACGUCAUACUCAUGCUACAUUUCUUUCUUUAUUUUCAAAAAAUAAUUCUGUAUUUUUUCUUUUUAUACUUUCAGGUGUUACAGAUUUCUUCAUGAAGACUCUCUCCUGCUCAAUAUCGUAUUUAUGAAGACGAGUUGUCACCACAUUCAGGAAUUCCUCAUGGUGUGAAGAUCAGACGUCAGAUGGAUUGGCAGGAAAAAUGGCCCUCUGAAUCAGAAAGGUUUAGAGGAGACUAUCGUGUUGGCAAACACAGUCAAAUGACAAAGAGCUUCUCAGCUUUUUCAUCAUAUCUUAUCUAUCAUAUGAAUGUAGGUAUCAGAUUGAACCUUGUGCUGUGGAGCACAGUGGAAGUGGGGGUUAACUUGAAGCACAGUACUUGGAGCUAGCUUAUUAUAAAUAUUUGGAUGAUAAAAUGGAAACAAGUGGAGAACUCAAGGCUUCCAAGGGCAGCUCUAGAUACUCAUGCACUGCUUGCCUAAGUGGCUUUUCCAGUCCAUAUCAUCUGAAAAAACACAAAGAAGACUGUGAGUUUGCUGGAGAUUUAAGUAAAAGGCAAAGAAAGAAGGCUGAAAAUGGUCGUGAGCUGAUGGAAAGUAGAAUGUCUUGUAAUUUGUGUGAAAAGAAUUUCAAGAAUGAAAGUCUUUUGAAAAAGCAUAUACGAAAUUUCCAUUCAGGUGAAGGUGGCUAUUCUUGCAGUGUCUGCCAUCUUGUUUGUUCAACCCAGAAGUUACUGCAGAAACAUAUGACCCAAAGUCACAAGUCUGGGAACAAGCCUGCCCCAAAUGUGAUAGAGCAAAGAACUUCAUUGAAGUCAAGUUCUGUCCGUAAAAUGAGAAAUCAGUUGAGUGCAACUGGAACACGGGAACGUAAGUCUGUAAGCGGACGAUUGCAGAAAGUGACAGACAGUAAGAAUGUCUGUGAGCAGCCACAAGAAGUACUAACAGAGAAAUCUGGAGACAAGCAAAAUGGCAAUCUUACCUGCCAGAUCUGCAGUAGAACAUUCGCCCGAGCCGCUAAUCUGAAACUCCACAUGCGAGUCCACACGGGUGAGAGGCCUUAUACAUGUGACACCUGUGGAAAGACCUUUGCGCGAUCUGAUCAUUUGAAAAAUCAUGAACUGUGCCACAAGUCUGUCAAAGAGUUCCUUUGUGAUGAAUGCAAUGAAUCUUUCAGGCGAGCUGACCACCUUAAGUAUCACAAGGUCAACAAACAUGGCGAUGUGAUCAGAUUGAAUGAGUUGAAGAAGUACACAAGAAUUGAUACACCUGAAAAAAGUAAGACAGUGUUGUGUGAUAUUUGCGGCAGUGCGUUUAAUGAUCAGAAAGGAUUAAGAAACCAUUUACGAAAGCAUAACAACUUUCAGAAAUAUUCUUGCCACUACUGUGGUCAAACUUUUAACCAGAGCUCCAAUUUGAAUGUCCAUCUAAGAAAACAUACAGGGGUAAAACCGUACAAAUGCACCACCUGCAGUGAAACAUUUACCACGUCAGCCAAGCUGAAAACACAUGCAAGGAAACACACGGGUGAGCUACCAUUCUCAUGUGACGUUUGUGGACGGAUGUUUGGGGAAAGUCGUCUUUUGAAAAUGCACAAACAAAUACAUAGCGGCACCAAAGCAUUCAUGUGCAGCCACUGUGGUAAAGCCUUUAUGCACGGCAGCACGUUAAGGGCACAUGUACGUGUCCACACUGGUGUUCGGCCCUACAAGUGUGAUAUAUGUGGCAAGGCCUUUGCUCAGAUCUCCAGCCUGACUUAUCAUAAGAGGACUCACAGUGGGGAAAAACCAUACUCGUGUCACAUCUGUGGCAAUUCUUACACCCGCAUGACUACUUUAAAUGUCCAUCUCGCCAGGCAUUCUGGAGAGAAGCGUUUUUCUUGCUCUCGUUGUGACUUUAAGUGUGAUCUUCAGAAAAUUUUGAAAAGCCACAUGGAAAAGACUCAUGAAGGCACAGCUGGUGUGCAUGAUGCAUCAUUAAAUGUAAGUCAGGAUCCUAAUGCUCUGUAUGCUGAAAAUUUCCACAGAACACUGAAUGACUCUAAAACUGUAGGUGUGAUACAGACACUUGAAAAGUAUUCUGAAAAUUUUUUUGAUACCCAGGAUAAUUGUCCAUUUCCUUCAAAGAAUCUGCAAGAUUCCAGUGUAAAUGAGGCUGAUUGUAUUUUUUCCUCCCCUGAAUAUGCAGUGCAGACGGAGUGUAUUGGUGUAUAUAAAGACAGAAAUAUAAAUAAAACGAGUGUAAUCGGUAGUAUGAAUAUGUCAGAUUUGUGCACAGAUAUGAAGACAGAUUUUCACUUUCAAAACACGUCAGGCAUAAAUGAAAAAUGCAGUGUGUCUGUUGAAGAGUCAUUUUCAAAUAACCAAAAAGAAAGUCAGAUUUCACAUUCCGUCUUAUCUUCUGAGGUGGUUUAUAUGAAAGACAGAGAUGAUGGCCACAUGACUCUGGGUAAUAUGGACUCCCAGCCAUCACUGUUGUCUCUCCGUGCUGGGUCGGAGAGAAGCGAUGUUGCAACCUCAGCACCUCCAUUUGUCAGCUUGUCUAAUGGUCAAGGUGAGACAAGUAGAGUCUCCGUGGGAGACAUUGUGUCUGUGCGACAGCAUGCGAACUCUGUGUGUGUAGGUGAUAACCAAGAUGAAAGUAAGAAUCAAAAGAAAUCGGACACGUUUGUGUCUCUUGAAAAUAUACCGUCAAUUUCAACAGUUGUGAGUUCAGCUCUUGACUAUACCCAGACAUAUGAAAAUCAUGUUGAGCAAGACAACGUGAGCUUUAAUAACCUGGGGGUCUCCGGAGACAGUCAAAAUAAUGAAGAAGAAUCUGCAGCAGUAGAAGAAAUUUGUUUAACAGGAGGGGAAUCAAAGAAGCUUAGUCAUAUGUUAGACUUAAGUGAAGCUAAAGCACUUAGUAAUGAUGAGAGUGAGUCUUUGGCAGAUACAGAAGACUUGUUUUCAAUAAAUCACACUGUUUCAGAAGUUCAGUCGCAGUCAGACUCUGAGAAGUCAAAUUCAAAGAAAGUUACUCCCCUCCGAAUCAGCUCCAGGAUUGUUCAGAAGAAAGAUAAUGUGAAGCAGAAAUUGAUGACUAAUAAGAGGCGAAAACAACAGGUGACCAAGUUGGAUGUCACAAAGGACAGAGGAAAGCCCAAGUGCAAUGUAUGUGGUCAAUUGUUUUCCAGAAGGGGCAACCUAACCACACACAUGAGGCUUCACAGUGGAGAGAGACCAUAUCAGUGUAGUGUGUGCAACAAAACAUUCACUCGGUCAGACCAUCUGAAGGGUCACAUGCUUCUGCAUGAAGACGGCCAGAGGAUGGCGUGCCACCACUGUAAGGACAUGUUUGACUCUGCAGACAGUCUGAAAUAUCACCUAGAACUUCAACACGCGGGGAAGCUUCCUUUUGUCUGUGGUAUUUGUCUGUUCUCCUGCUUGAGACUAGGGGAACUCAAAGACCACAUGAAGAGUCAUAAUGCCAACGAUAGGUUUGACUGUGCUGUGUGUGACAAAAGUUUUCUGAAAUCAAAAGAGCUCAAGGAUCAUAUGCGGACACACCCUGGAGCACAGCCCUUUGAGUGCAAGCCGUGUGGUAAAUUUUUCAGGGAGAGUUCUUGUUUGAAGCUCCAUAUGAUGACGCAACACACGGGUGUUCGGCCGUUUAAGUGUGGGGUUUGUGGAAUAGGCUUCAUCACUGCGGCUCGGCUUGAAAAGCACAUGAGGAAACACACAGGGCAACGUCCUUUCACCUGCGAGUUCUGCGGGAAACUUUUCCUGGAUAUCACCCUUCUAAACAUGCACAUAAAGGUUCACACAAAGGAGCGGCCCUAUCAGUGCCAGCACUGCGGCAAAGGUUUCACCCACCGCAGCACACUAAGGGCACAUGUGAGGACUCACACUGGGACCAAGCCCUACCGUUGUGAUGUAUGCGGGGAUUCGUUUACUCAAAUAUCAAGUCUGACGUACCAUCGAAGAAAACAUGACGGUUUGAAGCCGUAUAAAUGUACCAUCUGUGAGAAGGCCUACACUCGUUCCUCCACUUUGAGUAUUCACAUGUCUAGGCACACAGGCCAGAAACGUGUGGCUUGUCCACAGUGCAACUUCACUUGUGACACUCAGAAAGCUCUCAGAAAACAUUUGAGCAAAACGCAUACUUCUCAGAUGGUUUCGGUGCAUGAAGAUGUAGUAGGCCUGUCAGGUCUGCAAAAUGAAGAAGAACUUGAACCAAUACCCAGCAGUGGAAAUCUUACUCAGCUAGAAAACAGACCGGAAGGAUUGCACCACUUUGAAAUCUAUCAGCAGCAAGGAGAGAUACAGAUAUUGCAGCAGCAGCAGCAACAGCCGCUUCAGCGACUAGGCCUACACAGUUUUCCUCCGCAAGAAGUGCCAGCGCCUAAGAUACUUCUGCAUUUCCCAAGUAUGAUCUCAACCAUUCAGCAGCCCAUUCUGGAGCAGAGACUGCAAUCCGAGUUGUCACAUGACGGAAAGGUAACCCACUGCCCUGCCUCGUCAGUCACUCCUCAGCUGGUGCUGACUGUCGCUUCGGAUGCGCUACGAUCAUUCGUCUCCGCUAACGAGGUGGAAUUCACCCCCCACCAGGUGGACAUCACCCCUAGAGGCUGACUUCAGUGGUAGUUUGCAGUUUUCUUUUGAUUACAUGUUUUGUCACGGGUUGACAUAGUAGUGAUCUUUGAUCUCACUGAGGUGCAGGCCUAUCAAACGAAUUUAAUACACAGUGCAGCCUCUCUAGAACGACCUUGGAUAUAAUGACAUCCUCUGUAUAGAGUGACAUGGGGCCCCAGAUCCCGAUAUUUUUCAGAUCUAUCAUUAGUAAUUUUUGGUUGCCUCUCUAUAGCGACAACUCUGUAACGACAGUUUUUUCUGGUCCCGACGAUGUUGUUACAGAGCGUCUGCUCAGUACAUUAGUACAUGUAGGAAGUUGUGCUGUGGUGAUGUCUUUUAAGAUAAGCAAUCGUUGAGAAGUGGCAUUCCUCCAUGGUCAUGAAUUUUUUUAGUUAAUGGAUCAAGGAACUGAAGUUGAAUUUUUCAACUGUUAUGAAGUUGCACCAUGCUCACAUGCUUUUGUACUACGUAUUUUAGUGUUUAUGUUUUGCAGAAGUCUUCUAAUUACAUUCUUAUGUAGGCUACUUGGAGAAAAUAUGAUCUCUAUCGAAAUGAGGAUACUCGCAUUUGUAGUGUAGUGGUUAGUCUCUUUGCCCUUACUCACAGAUGACCCGAGUUUUAUUCCUAUGUUUGGAAAACUUGUAUUGAGUGUUUCAGUCUUUCUGCUGAAUAUUUUACCCCUCUUAGCCCAGGUUAGCCCUGAUAAGCAUUGUCAAACCUCACCCUAGUUAUCUAAAUUGUGUUGAUUGGGAUAUAGAAAAAAUACUGCAGUGAG